AUGGUCAAAAUAUGGUUUCAAAAUCGGAGGUCAAAGCACAAGAAGCAAACGAAGAAUGGUUUUGCCAGCGAAAGGGAUAAUUCGGAUGAUGGCGUUGAAGAGGAAGAAGGCGGCAGUUCGGUUGAAGGUGCAAUGACUUCGCCGACUGCAAGUACUAUGGAAACCCCGAACGGUGUAAACAGUUCAGCACCAGAACAUCCAGCUUCAAAUGUGGUAGAAUCUUCGUGGCCGGUGCACCUAUACUCUAACACCCAGCACCAGACCUUCCCGCCCCCGUCGCAGCCACCAAACUUACAUUCAUUUGAGCUAAAUAAAUAUGAAGCACCGGAUGUGAAACCGUAUGUUGUGCAUGAUUCUAUGGCAAAUUUUUAUCAGCCAAAUCCGUAUAUGAGUUACUACUGA